AGGCCCCUCCGGCCGGAACCCGGGGGGCGGGACUUGUGGCUGUAGUUGAUGGGGGCGUAGGUGGGCCCGGCGCCCACGGCUACCUGGGUAAGGCCCAAGAUGGCUACCUUCACGUUAGUACUCGUGUGAAGUCAGCGGGGACGGUUCCUGUCGUCAUCUUGAGGGCCACUUCUGGCCCUCACUCCUGGACUUAAUUUGGUGUGUUGUUGAAGCGGAGAGACUAGAGAAAUGGCAGGGAGCCUCUUAUCCGGGGCAGGCAGGCGCCUGUGGAACUGGGUGCCUCUGGCGUGCAGAAGCUUCUCUCUUGGUGUGCCAAGAUUGAUCGGUAUAAGGCUCACUCUCCCGCCCCCCAAAGUGGUUGAUCGUUGGAACGAGAAGAGGGCCAUGUUCGGAGUGUAUGACAACAUCGGGAUCCUGGGAAACUUUGAAAAGCACCCCAAAGAACUGAUCAGGGGGCCCAUAUGGCUUCGAGGUUGGAAAGGGAAUGAAUUGCAACGUUGUAUCCGAAAGAAGAAAAUGGUUGGAAGUAGAAUGUUCGCUGAUGACCUGCACAACCUUAAUAAACGCAUCCGCUAUCUCUACAAACACCUUAACCGACAUGGGAGGUUUCGGUAGAAGAGAAAGCUGAGAACUUCGGAAAAGGCUCAUCUGUCACCCUGGAGAAGGGAAACUGUACUCUUCCCUGUGAGGAAACGGCUUUGUAUUUUCUCUGUAAUAAAAUAGGGCUUCUUUGGAA